AUGACUGGCGCAAGAAAUAUGGUUUUGAUCGACGAUCUCAAACCUUUCAAAGACGAAUGGCGAGUCCGUGUCAAACUUCUUCAUUCGUGGAAACCAUCGAAAACGAAUUUCGGCGGGGAGACUCUUGAGUUAAUCCUUGCAGACGAGACAGGUCAAAAAAUUCAUGCAUCUUGCAGAAGAUCACUGAUGUAUCGUGUUCAACGAGAUCUACCUGUAGGAGAAUGGAGAGUGGUUGAAAAUUUUAAGAUAAGCGGUACUGGAGGUCAAUACAGACCAACAAAACUUCAAUACAAAAUGACCAUCCUUGGAGACACAACCAUAAUCCGUACUGAUUAUCGUAAUGAUAAUCACUUCCUUUCGCCGGCGAGAUACGAGGAAAUUGGAACUGAAAACCUGAAAACGUAUUUUCUAAUUGAUAUUCUUGGACAAGUGGUCAAACUUGGAAGAAUCAUGACGGUUGAAGUUAAGGGCGAGGAGAGGAAGAGAGUUCUGUUUCGUUUGCGUGAUACAAGUGGUAAUGAAGUAGCAUGUUGCUUAUGGGGACAAUACGCUGAGCAAAUUGAAUCCCAUAUUUCAGAAUCCAAAGAUGAUACUAUUAUAUGCUUGAUCCGCUUUGCCAAAAUCAGUGAAUUUAGAGGUGAGUUGCAAAUCACCAACGCGUAUGAUGCUUCACUUUUGAUGCUCAACCCAACAAUGGAGGAAGCUAUUGAUUUUAAACAGAAGUAA